AAAAAAGUUCUCUUUCUUAAAUAUGAAUAAAAUUGAAGUGAUCAAACAAGGUAAUCAAGUCACCAAUCAACUAAGAGAUGAGCUAGUUCAUUUAUUUUCUAUCACAGAUAUUUAGGAUAAUUAUUUAUUAGCAAAAAGAGCAGAAACAAUAAAAUCUGAGAUUGAAUAGAGAUUCAGUAAAUGUUUCAUCUCAUUUUAGAAUAUCGUUGGAGUAUAGUCUUAUUUUCUAACGAUGCCUAAAUGGAGUUUUCUUUUGUUUAUGGUGAUGAAUUCACUCUAGAAUUGAGAUCUGAAUCUUAUGGUUUGCUUGCAUAUAUAAUUCCUGAUCAACCUUAAACUCAAUAUGAACCAAGAAGAGAUUUUGGAGUUACAAAACCAUAAUUCGAUAAAAAAGGAAUGUAUUCAGAAGUAAUUCCACUAGAAAAGAAUAAUGUUGUUUAGAGGUAUUUUUUUAUAAAUGAGAUAAUAAAGUUCAAUAAUAUCAAAUCCUCCAAUUAGAUAUUAUCCAACAUUUUAUCCUUGA